AAAAAUGAGACAAAUGGUAUAGUCGUAUUAAUAGAAGUGGCCUUUUGGUUAAACCUUCGAUUUGUUCCUCCUAACCCAAAUCUAAAACCCUGCGUUCCUCCUUCACCGCCGAUUCGAGAAUAUCUAAAUACACGUUCAUGUCUGCCACCAAAAUCACACAUCUCUUCGCUAGGACCCUCUUGGCUAAGUCGCCGCUCAUUUUCGGUCGUCGCCAUAUUGCCUCUCUCACCAAUCAACCGCCCUCCUCUGCUUUAUUUCAUGAUAAGGUGUUAAUUGGUCAGUGGGGAUUGAGACACCAUUCAGCUCCAUGCUUAUCUUCGUUUCAAUGGUUUGGAAUCUCAUCAGCUGCAUCCCUACAGCCCAACACAAAGGAGAAUCCUCAAUCUGGAAAUGAGCAUGUAAAUAAGGCCAAUAAUCAAGCUGCUUCAGCUGUUGAAUCUCCUCAUAAAACUGAACCUUCAGCUUCUAAAGUAAAAACAGAAUCAGUUUCUGCUACAGAACCUAAGUCAAAUGCAUCUGGGACCAACAGAAGAAGAGGAGUCACUAAAAGGACUGCAUUUUCUGAUUCUGAGUCUGAGUCUGAUUCAGAUUUAGAGGACCUUUCAAGAGAUGAUCUCUUGAAACUUGUGGUGGAGAAGGAACAGCUUUUGGGUGUGAAGCAGAAAGAGCUUGAGCAGAUGAAGGAUAAAGUUUUGAGGACAUUGGCUGAGAUGGAAAAUGUGAAAGAGCGGACUACACGUGAAUCUGAAAAUACUAAGAAGUUUGCCAUUCAGAACUUUGCAAAAAGCCUUCUGGAUGUUGCAGAUAAUUUAGGCAGGGCUUCUUCUGCUGCAAAAGAGAGCUUUUCUAAAAUUAAUGUGCAUGAAGAUGCAGUAGGAGCUUUUCAGCAACUUAAAGUGCUUCUUCAAGGCGUUGAAAUGACGGAAAAACAAUUAUUAGAGGUAUUCAGAAAAUUUGGACUGGAGAGGUACGAUCCUGUAAAUGAAGAUUUUGACCCAAACAGGCAUAAUGCUGUGUUCCAAGUACCAGAUUCUUCAAAGCCAGCAGACCGUGUUGCGGUUGUUCUAAAGGCUGGCUACAUGCUGCACGACCGAGUUAUUAGACCUGCUGAAGUUGGUGUAACUGUUGCUGCAAACAAUUAGGAAACUGAAAACAAGUAGUAUUUGAUUGUAAAGUGCAUCCUUGUUGCAGUGUUGUUGCUGGACAAUGGCCGUCCAGAAAAUCAAAUGAACUCCGUGUACCAUACUAGGACAAGAUAGAAGCCUUGUGACCGAGGAUAUUGCAUAUACUUAGUCAAGGUAUUCAUUGUCUAUUUCGUGCUAGUUUUUAGAAGACGGUUUUUAAAGCCAGAGUUCCGAGCAUCUGAGAAGCCAUUUUUGCCGCAACACUCAGCUGGCUGCAUGUAUGGUUGAGAAAAUCAUUACCACAAACAAUGCUUAUAACCUAUGGCUUUGGUGGAUAGAUGAUUCUCAAAAGGUUUUGGUCACAAAGCAAUAAUAUCAGAAGCUGCCUUUUAAAAUCA